UCCAUGACUUAUGAAACCACAUGUGCAUAGAUGGUGUUGUUAUUGUUAUUUAGUCGGUAUAAAUGGUAUUGCAUAAUAUAUAUUUGCACGGUAGUAGACCGCUAUGUGUACCCAAGAUCAGUUUAUAUGUUGUGAUGUGCGUAAAAGCUGCAGGGGUCCCAUAAGAGGCCCGACCGAUAUAUAACCUAUAAUUUUGACAGACUGUAAAGAAGUCCAAUGUUCAAAUGAAAUGACACUUGUGUCCAUUUUGCAGCAUAUUUCAAGGUUACUUUGUAUAGAAAUACUUUCCAGUACCAAGCUGAUCUGAUGUGAUGAUAGUGUAUGUCUAUGGAAUGACAAUAAUACAUAGAGAUACUUAACUAAUUUCAGGAAUAUGAGUUCCUAGACUUGUCAGAUGUGAAAGAAGCGGAACGGAGUAGUCUGCAGUGCGCACUGUUCAAGCGGAGGACUGACACGUCGGCGUACACUGCCCGUGUUGGUUGGACUGAACCUUCUGUAGAUUUAUCAUCGUGUUCAUCGAGCACGGCCGGCGCGCCGACCGCGUCUAGCAGCCUGGACAGCCUAUCGGGCGGCGAGUGCGAGAUGGCGCCACACUCGCCGGCGCGGGCGGGGGCCGGGCCUCCUCCCCCGCCCUACGCCGCGCCGCCGCACUACCCGCCGCAGCCUCACCAGUGGCCCGUGGCACCGCCCAACGUCUACGUCAGCCAGGUCACCGCCAACGUCAACGUGCAUGGCUACAUGGGGCAGUACUACCAACCUCCACAGCCGCAGUACGCCCCGCCGCCCGUAGAACGCGCUGCGCGACCCCACAGGCGAGACCGCAGGAACAAACGCGCUCCCUCCCCUCCACCGCAACCGACCCCAUACUAUGUGCAAUACCCGCAGUACUAUCCCGCAGCGCAGGCGCAAGGGGCUCCACUCUACCAUCUACCCAUGUACCAACCAGUAGUGUACGGACCGUAUGCGCAUCCUCCUUACUAUUACCCCGAGUACCCCAUGCAAGUGGAAGGCGACACGGGCGACAAAGGACCAGAGGAAUAUCCCCAAGAGGUGGUGAUGGAACAGGAAACUGUUGAUGCCUACUACGCAGGCGCACACUACACAUAUGGCCCGCCGGUCGAGGGCGGGAUGGAGUACAUGCCGCCGAUAUACUUGCCGCCGCCGACACAUCCGCCACCUUUACCGAUACAACAGCCACCGCCUCACCAAACUACACCGCAUCAAUUCAAUGUUCACGCCAAAAACUUCGUUCAAGGGCAGAACCAUAAAACUUACACACCUCCAGAGAAUAAGACUCAAGAACAGAAACCUCCUAUUGCGAUAGCCUCGGCAUCCGCUUCGACGGCUACUGUGGAAGCAUUGCCGAUCAAAGACCUUAAAAUCACCAGUAAAGGGCCCAGCAGCCCUAAACAAUCUGACCGUCCAGUCGACACUAACCAGGCUAAACCCGCUACACCGACAGAGAAAUUGUCUCCAGCGCCAAAACCAGAAGCUACAAAAUUAGCUUGGGUGCCCAACGAAAACAAAGUGCCAGAGCCUGCAGUCAAUACUCCUACUCAGCAAGCAAAAACCUUCCCUCCCACCGCGUCAGCCAAUACGAUCGCGGCCGCUGCGGCUAAGGUACAGCCGACGCUCAGCAAACCCACUAAGGGCCCGGCUCCGCCAUUCACUGGAGGCAAACAACCUCCUAAGCCCUCCGUGCCCCAGACGGUCGUCCCAGUACAGCAGGCUGUGUCAACGCCGAAAGCUCCAUUUGGAAAUCGCCAAAAGCGCGAGUCGGGUCCCGCUAAUCGCUCCCCGUCGAAUGAGACCCCCGAAUCAGAAAGGGUCGCUAUCGCUACAGAGCAUGUCAAACGCGAGCCCCCUCUACCUCCUAGUAAAGCACCUAUGCCUAUCUCGAUAACCCUGCACUCGCAAGGUCAACCAUUGAUAGUGACCAAUAAAUCUCCAUUUGGGCACUCUAGGAAAGCUGCGGUGGCACCAGAGCCGGCCCCAGUACCGCAGCCUCCCCCACCCGCUCCUACAGCGUCUGAUUUCCCCCCUCCACCCACACCACGAAACCGCGGGGAACCUGUUCCCCCGCCGGUAGUACAGCCGCAACCACAGCCGGCCCCGGGCAAGUCCUGGGCGAGCCUGUUCUCCAGCAAGACUUCAAUAACUACUGCCGCCCCAGUGUCUGCGCCCGCUACUGAAGAGCCAUCUUCCCCGACGACCACUACUCCUAUCGCGGCACCGAACGUUCAAAAACCGGUUGCUAAGGUUCCCCCUUUUGAUGCUUCUCCACUGCAAGCUACCGUCGUCGAAAAGCCAUCACCCCCUCUUCGUCCGCCCACGACUACAGCGGCGCCGACUAUAUCUUACUCUGAGAAGACGUCGGUUAACGCCGUCAGUAAUGUAGCUGCGCCGGUGCCAGCGAAGACUCCACCUAGCAACCAGUCUCCGGCGGAGACUCGUGAGGGCCAGAAAGAGGUUACGCCGGCAUUGCCUCUGCCGCCGUCGCCGUUCAGCGAUGAUCCGAACUCGUACAGGAUGGGAGAAUUCCUAUUGAAAUACCAACUAGACAAUCGUUCGGUGUCGCUGCUGCCUCGCGGUUUGACCAACCGCUCAAACUAUUGCUAUGUGAACUCUAUCCUACAAGCGUUGGUAGCUUGCCCGCCCUUCUACAAUAUGCUGAAGGCGUUACCUUAUCAGAUGAGGCGUGGCAAAUCUAGUACUCCAGUUAUUGAUUCGCUCGUGGAGCUGUGCUACUCGUUCAGCGCGGCGGCGCCGGCGCGCGCGCGGGCGCGGGCGGAGGGCGCGUCGCCGCCGCCGGUGCCGGGCGCGCCGCCGCUGGAGGGCGGCGCGGGGCUGCGCGUGCUGCGCGCGCUGCGCCCGCUCGCCUCGCACGAGGGCCGCCAGGAGGACGCCGAGGAGUUCCUGGGCUGCCUGCUCAACUCGCUCAACGACGAGAUGCUCGAGUUGAUAAAAUUGGUGGAGCCCGAAGAACCUAAAGAUGGUGCAGGGCAACCCAAUGGUGUGAUCCCACAGGAACAACCGGAGGAAGAUGACGACGAUGAUGAAUGGAAGGUGAUGGGCCCGCGCAACCGCGGCGCGGUGGAGCGGCGCUGGAGCGCGCGCCGCACGCCCGUGGCCGACAUCUUCCGCGGCCGCACGCGCGUGCGCCUGCACCGCGCCGGCCACCACGACGUCACCGACGCCGUGCAGCCCUUCUUCACGCUGCAGCUCGACAUCGAGCGUGCGAGCAGUGUGAAAGACGCCUUAGAGCUCUUGGCUAACAAAGACACCCUGGAGGGAGUGUCUGAUGCAUGGCAGCAGUUAUCCUUGGAACAGCUUCCGGUGAUCCUUCUCCUGCAUUUGAAAUGCUUCCAACUGGACCCGGAAGGUCACACGGCGAAAAUCGUCAAGAAUAUUGACUUCAGUAUAGAUCUCAAAAUUGAUCCAAAAAUAAUGUCGUCAAAAGUGAAGUACACGUCUAAACAGCGGCAGUACAAGCUGUUUGCAGUGGUGUACCAUGAGGGCGUGGAGGCCGUCAAAGGACACUACGUCACGGAUACUUACCAUGGUCAAGUGGGCUGGAUACGGUAUGAUGACUCUACUGUGACCCAAGUUGGGGAAUCCCAAGUGCUAAAGCCGAAACCUCCCCGUAUGCCCUACCUCCUCAUGUAUCGAAGGCAGGACACCCUGCCAAUACCACACCGCCCCAAACCGGAGUGAAAGUGGUUCUGUGACGUAAUCGAGUGAAAAACUCAAGUGUUUAAGGAAGUGCCUGUAGAAAUACUGUGUUGUAUGCCAACGUGAAAUUAUUUGGUACAUAUAAAAUUUGUUUGACAUUUAAGUAAAUUUCAAUGAUUUAUUUUGAAUUUAACUGUACAGUCGGGGGCAGAUAAUCCUGAUCUCAUAUUCUGUAAGUUCAUACAGACCGGAUUAGGCUUAUCUGCCCCCAAAUGACAUAUUUCUCUUGGUGAUACAACACAGUGGACGAUUUGGACAAAAUAUUAAGAGUGAAGUGACUGCAUGUGUAAAUAAUGUCUAUGUUAAUUUGUGCCUCCUGAAAAUUCUAAUUGAAAAUGUUUUUAUGAAUGUCCUAAAUAAUAUAAGUGUAUAUUUGGUAGUGUAUAACAAUUUGGGCAGUUGUUAGACUGGAGUAAGCAUCAGAUUUUCACUUUAUUUGCCUUAAAAUUCUGUGAUUGUUUAUCUCUAUAGCAUACGUAACAACUAGCCCUUUAUUUCUGCUGAUUUUAAUGUAAUAUAACUAUAUUCAAUACAGCAUUUCUGCAUUGCUUGUAAGUUUGUACAUAGGAAUUCUUUAUAUAUAUUUUUUCUUUAUAAAGUACAAAAUAUUGUGUUUUGCUUUGUCGCUAAUAUUAUUCUAUGUUAAUUGAAAGAAUUGAAGGUUUUAAAUGAUAAUUCUCAAUAGUCAAAAGACUUACAUUAUGGAAACCAUGUAUGAUAAAGAUAUUUAGUGUAAAUAGGAGAGCUGAGGACAUUUGAUAGUUUUGCGUGUUAAAAAAUAUAUCUUUAUAUGACUAUAUACCAGUUUAAUAUGAGAACCUAAGAAAUAAAUAAAAUUAUGGAUAUGAUUAAACUAUGAUAUUGGCUUUUGCAAAACAUCAUUAAUGUCUCUUCUCUCAAUAAGUAUUUUACAAUUUGUCUUUGGACAAUAUGGAAUUGUGGUGUUUUAUAAAGUUUAAAAAAUGUAAAAAAAUAUUAGUAGCCGUAAUUUAAAUUCAUGAUACAUAUUAUUUCUAUGUUGUAUAGUGUUGGGAUUGAUAUCAAACUGGGUUUGUUGGAUAAGAGCUGAUGGAAAGUACAAAGUAUUGAA